UUCAGCCAUUGGGCCCAGCAAACAGGAGGACGAGGACUAUGAGGACGUACCCAUAAAUAAAACCUGGGUGCUAUCACCAAAGGUCUAUGAGAGCGACGUGACGCUGAUCCUGAAUAAGCUGCUGCAGGGCUAUGACAACAAACUCCGGCCUGACAUCGGAGUGCGGCCCACGGUGAUUGAAACAGCAGUCUAUGUCAACAGCAUCGGGCCAGUGGACCCCAUCAACAUGGAAUAUACCAUUGACAUCUUCUUUGCCCAGACGUGGUACGACAGCCGACUGAAGUUCAACAGUUCAAUGAAGCUGCUCAUGCUCAACAGUAACAUGGUAGGCAAAAUCUGGAUUCCCGACACCUUCUUCAGGAAUUCCCGCAAAUCCGAUGCCCACUGGAUCACAACUCCCAACCGACUGCUGAGGCUGUGGAGUAAUGGGAGAGUCAUGUACACGCUAAGGUUGACUAUUAAUGCGGAGUGCUACCUUAAGCUGCAUAACUUUCCAAUGGAUGAGCACUCGUGUCCCCUGGAGUUUUCGAGCUAUGGUUAUCCUAAGAACGAGAUCACAUAUCGGUGGCAAAGGCGGGCGGUGGAGGUGGCCGACCAGCGUUAUUGGAGACUCUACCAAUUUGCUUUUGUGGGGAUGAGGAACACCACCGAUGAGGCGCACACUCAGUCAGGGGAGUAUGUCAUCAUGACAAUAUUUUUUGACCUGAGUCGACGGAUGGGCUACUUCACUAUCCAGACCUACAUUCCCUGCAGCAUGAUUGUGGUCCUUUCCUGGGUCUCCUUCUGGAUUAACAAAGAUGCUGUCCCAGCUCGGACAUCUCUAGGAAUCACUACAGUCCUCACUAUGACAACUUUGAGCACCAUCUCCCGGAAAUCCCUGCCAAAGGUUUCCUACAUCACAGCCAUGGAUUUGUUCGUGUCCGUCUGCUUCAUAUUCACCUUCGCUGCUCUCAUGGAAUAUGGCACCUUGCACUACUUCACCAGCAACCGGCAGACCAAGAAGACUAAAGCCAACAACAGUGCUCAGCAGAAAGUUCCCAGCAUGGUAAAUAUCCGGCCUGGAACGUCCCUGUUGCAGAUGAACAACAUCGUGCCAUAUCACGAGGACGACGACUACGCGUACGAUUGCUUAGACGGAAAAGACUGUGCCAGCUUCUUCUGCUGCUUUGACGACUGCCGAACAGGGGCCUGGAGAGAAAACAGGAUGCACGUACGGGUUUCCAAGAUCGAUUCUUACUCGCGAAUAUUUUUUCCCACUGCUUUUGGCCUUUUUAAUCUAGUUUACUGGAUUGCUUAUCUGUAUUUAUAAAAGAAAAUGUUUAUUUAUAAAUCAAAUCAGCUGGAGUUUAACAUCUGCAAGCAUCUCAGCUGCUUUUAGAAUAGAUAGAAAUAACUUUGCAUACUGUUGCUUUGAUACCAUAAAGGUCCUGGCUGCAGAGGCAUAAUAGACAAACAACGCCAACAUCUUUAUCCUGCAAACCAAUCAGGAAAAGAAUAAUGAAAGUUAGGCUGAUUUCUUUUUGAAUUGCGCUGUGAUUUUGCACAUGUAAAACUCCAGUUCACACAGAGGAUCAAUUGCCAUCAAUCUUUAAUAUAACAGCCCAAAUGUUUAUUUUAUUUUUGCCGCUGUGCAUUGAUAUCAGGCUUUGCACUUUGCAGCUGGAAUUGAGGCAUAUUGUCCCUAAAUUGAAAGAUAGGUUCCUUGAUUUCUCUUCAGAAAGGCAGUAACUUCUCUGAAUAGCCAAUUUCUUUGGUUCGGAACAAUCAUGGAGUGUACUUUUUACAAAUACAACUUCAUUGUUCUCUGGGUCUUUUCUGUGGGCAAUCAGGAGUGACAACGGUUGUUUUUCUGGUGGACAGAUUUUAUACUUUCAUGUAUUAUAUGUUGCAAAAAAAAAAAAAAGGAUUGAGUUAAUGCCCUUUUCAGGCAAACACAUCCGUUUUUAAUUUAACCUUUCCAGCUGUAAACUGAUUGUUUUCUUACCGAAGACGUUCACAGAGAUCCAUAAAAGGCUACACAUCAUUUUGUACAGGUUUGUGGCAUCUAAAGCACUUCUUGACAACACUGUCCUAUACUUCAGCACAGCAAUAGUUUUAAAGGCAGCUUUUAGUAGCAGAAAGUGUAAAAGAACAAAUACCCAUUUGGUUAUGUUUCACCUUCAGGCAUGCAUGCAUGCAUGUUAAAAAACAGACUUUCUUCAGAAUUUAAAUAAUUUGACAUCAUGGGUAGAUUAAUUACACAAGUUGUGUUUUAUUAAUCUUUUAUUUUUAGUUGGAGGUGAGUUUAGGAACAGAACAUAAAGAUGGAGCAGUCCAGAGAAACUGAAAUCAGGGAGAUGCUCACCCCUUUUUAACAUAGAAAAGGUUGGGAUCGCAGGAACAAGACCAGGUCAUGUUUUGUCUCAACAUGUGCAUCCAAUGUUGUCCAUGCAGUCCUGCAACUUGAAGCGUAAAGCACUGAUUUUUAGUUUUUCCAACCUUGUGAUGUUCCAGAUUCCCCUGCCAAACUUUAACAUGUGUUCAAUCAUUGCAGUUACUGAGGAUACCAAGCCAUGAAGGGUAUCAGGUGAAAUAAUUUCUGCAAACGGGUCCCACAGUGUCCAACAGUAAGGAGUUGUCACAUAUUAGGUUAAACGUUGAUAGUGCAGAAUGUUUGAAGGCUUUAGUGUUGCACAGGAGCCGUCGUUAUUAAAGUAGCAAUAAGCAAAAUUUCACUACUAGGUCGGCCAUUGAGCUCUGUCUGUAGACCAAAACAAGAUGUGUGACAAGCCAUGACUCUCCAUCUCCGCUCCAGCUGCAACCCAGCCCCCUCUCUCCCCUUGCUUUCUCAUCUGUCGCCUUGAUCCGCAUAUUUGCAAAGGAUAAAUACACAGCAAAACAUCAUCACCUUUUGGAGGAACAUGUCUAGCGAAGAAGUAAAUAACUCAUUACUUUAUAACGCUUUUAGCAAGAGAACAUUUCGUUCUGCUGGGCGUACUCUCUGCCACGUUGCUCCUACGCUACACUGCUCUGGCGGUGGCAUUUUAUGGGCAAGGAGGGGCUAAGCCCUGAGUGAAGCUGUUCACAUGAACGUAUGUAUGCACUGACGGCCGACCCGGCUUUGUAAACAAGAGACUGGAAAACAACACAGAGAGAUGAUAUGUGACGUCAUACCAAAUUCCAUCUAAAAAGAUACCUUUACUUCUUUAUAUCACUAUAUUUUAGUUCUUUCUAUCUAUAAUAAUUCAAUUUCGCUUAUUGCUACUUUAAAGAAAAUGUAUCUUUGCUAAUAAGCCUUGCUAAUGUAAAUUAUAGCAUUAUAAAAAAGUGACAGCAUUUAUUCUGUUUAAAGCUGUUAAGCAUUUCUUGUAAAUAUUUACAAAAUCUUUUAACUUUCAGCUGUAAAAAGCUUGUAAACUUUGCAGAUCAGCAUUUAAUGGCCAAAUGUCUUAUUGUUUAAAGGAGCAUAGUGCAAGUUCCAGAGUUUUUGCAGAAGUUUGCCACCUGUGGCCACAAGUAAAAAUUACAC